AUGACAUAUCCCCCGUAUGUCAAACCGCCUGAGCAAUUUCAAGACCUUCCUCGCAGAAAACUUCGCUCUCUGCGCAAAUGGCUAGGACACCCCGCGUUAGGGGACGUUGGGGCCGUAGCCGUCAUGAUUCGAGAGCUCAAAGUCCAAGUGGAAGAUGUGCUGUCAGUGCCCCUGGCAAUACUACCCAUCGUCAUCUCUACCCCUCAUCUUAUCGCGCUCUACGACGAAGACAUCCACGACGCAUUUGAGUACCUCAAUCUUCCAUUCCCCGAAGACAUUCACCAGAAGCGCUCAUGGGCAUGGGUGCGGGAUACUGGGGCACCGUUAGCGGGUUAUGGCCAUUUUCUCUGCUCCGAUUAUCGAGACUACGAGGCGUGUGAGUCAGAGAUUGAUGCAAUGCCCCUGGCUAGUGUCAUCUCCAUCCUAUAUACAGAGGACGCAGUCAAGGUGCUUCGAACCACAGUCAAGUCUGCUCACAUUGUGCUUGGGUUCUGGGAUGAUGAGGAUCAGUGGACGUUGGGUUAUGCAUCGCGACAUGAGGAGGGCUACUGGGAUUGGCUGGCCUUGAGACUGAUGGAAUGGAAACGAAAGUAUCCCGGCUCUCGAAUGUCUGAUCGGGUUGUCCUCUUUGGUGAGAGCGCGGCCGACAAGACAUUCAGGUUGGUUGUAGAGAAGGUCUUUAUUCAGGAAUUUGGCAGUGUUCCACAGAUCCUGGGUGGAGCUGAUGAGUAUGUUGUGGCCCGAGGGGCGGCGGAGUUUGCCAGACUUUCAGUCUUUGGGAUACAUCGGUGA